GACUGGAGACAAUGCGGAGGUGUUGCGUGCUCCGAGAGUUUACGUUAUUCGAAGAGGUUCGAACGACGCGUUUGAUGCGAUAGUAAACCAGUUUUUCCGUUAAGUUCAAACGCGUAAAGGGACAAUAAAAAUCAAAUAAAAUAGCAAGCGCAGAGAACCUUGGAAAAAUUAGUUCGCAAAGUUUAAUAAAAUAAGAGAAGAGAAUAACAUCGUGUGUGUGUAAAAGGCGUUUUGUCAGACGAAGAGUCGUACAGAAACGGUGGAGAUCGUGAGCGAGGAUUGACCAUGACGCCCGGCUCACCAUCAAUAUUUUCUCGAUGCUGGAUCGAUCGAUUCACCUUUUCUACAAUUCUCAACAACCGUUUAAUCGACCAUGCUAUUUUCUAUAAAUCAUAUACAAUUGAAAAAAACUGAAUCGGACUUUUUCGCUUGAAAACCAUAAACGAAGUCUUGUUUAGUAGUCCUUUUAUUCGACCACAACAAUCGGAUCCCUGCGUGUUUUUUACUACAAAUAAUCAGCAUAAAUCUUCAUUGGAAUUGACCACUGAAUUUGUACGACUAAAAGGAAUAUUUUAAAAGUUUAUAUUUCGUUUUGAGAAACAAAUGAUUCCUCCGACGAUCAAAACUCGCGAUAACUUGUUUUUUUAUUCUGUUCUCGUUGUUGUUGUUGCUGUUGUACUCGUUUUUUAAUGGUACGAAGUUAUGUGCGUGGAAACGUGACUGGAAUGACGAGUGAAUGAGUGAACUAGAAGUGAUUGGAGUCUCGAGGACGGGUGCAGGCUGUGCUGGUGCUACUGGUCCUGCGGUUGCUACGGCUGAUGCCGUUGCUUUCACCCUCGGUUCCUGCGACAUCCUGGCCUGUCCCACCAAUGGAUAUCUCCGCAGGGAAACAUCGACUGCUCGUCGCACUUUUUAUCCCUCUGCUGUUCACGCUCUUCGAACCCGCCCGAGCUGCCGGGGGCUUGCAAUUCAAGGUCGAGCCACAGGAUGUUGUGGUCGAAAUGGGUGGUUCGGCCAGACUCGAUUGUCAGGCAACCAGUCUUUAUGGACAGCCAACCAUUCAAUGGAGAAGCGACGACGGUCAGCCCAUCAAUUUCAUCGGCGACAGCUAUCGUUCGCAGCUGGCCAAUGGCUCGUUGUACAUAAGCAGCGUUUAUUCCGAAAGCCCGGAACUCACUGGCAGUUACCAAUGUCUGGCAACGGUCGACGGCAUUGGCUCGAUCGUUUCGCGUCCAGCGACAAUUAAACUUGCGAGCUUGCCGGGAUUCGACAAAGAGCCCCAGGACACGAUGGUCUACCCAGGACAAAUCGCGUAUCUGAAUUGCGCGCUGCCGACGUCGUCGAGUCUGUUGAAAAUUCAUUGGCUCAAAGAUGAACAUCCUCUGGGUUUGGACGAGAGCCGAAUGACCGUAAUGCCUUCCGGUGCUCUCGAAAUCGACGAUGUCAAAUCACACGACGUAGGUUCUUACAGAUGCAAUGCCAGUGGAUUCGGACAAUUCAGGCUCAGCAACAAGGCCCAACUUGCUCUUUUGGCCAGUGACAUCGACCAAGGUUCGAGUGCUCCGGUUUUCAUAGCAAAGCCCACGGAACAAUACGCGAUCGAGGGCUCGUCCAUAACUCUCGAGUGUGCGGCGAAUGGAAAUCCCAGACCGAGCAUUACUUGGCUCAAGGACGGAGUUGCGGUUGACCUGGCAGCGCUAGAUUCGCGAUAUCGAAAAGUCGCGGCUUCGAGUCUCAUGAUCAUGGACGUAAAGGAAAAGGACCAUGGCUCUUACCAGUGCCGAGCAGAAAACGACGAGGAUACGCUCGACGCCGUUGCUGAAGUCAAUGUUCAAGUGCCUCCGAGAUUCAUCAAACGACCAGAAGACAAAGUCGCGAACGAGAAUCAAGAUUUGGAAUUCGAGUGCGAAAUUUACGGUAAACCAGAGCCCAAAGUCACGUGGCUGAAAAACGGCGAGAGAAUAACUCUGAGCCAAUAUUGGCAGCUGGUCAAUAGCAACAACUUGAGGAUAAACGGUCUACUAGCGAUCGAUGCCGGUAUUUUUCAAUGCAUCGGAUAUAACGCGGCGGGUUACGUUCAGGCAUCGGCGAGACUGACGAUAAACCAACCGAAAAAAGCGCAAUCCUCGAAAUCGACGACGGUGCGUUCGGUCCAGAAGAAAAAAAUAUUGUCGCAGCGACCGUUGUACAACAACACGUGGCAACAUCCGAGCACACUCUUGGGUCAUACUUUAUCCGCGUACACCCCGAAUCCGCCGUUGUCGAUUAGUCCGUCCGACGAUCCAGCGGAUUUUCUCGGACCCGUUAACGAUCCCAAUUCCCUUUACGAUCCGGAAUCCCAUUUUCUAGAUGACACCGACAGCUUCGAGUCCGGGCUUGAAGGUGGCAGCGUUCCUUCGCCUCCUAAAAAUCUGAGCGUCGCUAUCGUCGCAUCCAGAUUCGUCACGCUACGCUGGCAAGAACCGGAGAACGCGAACGGUGACUUUCUCACCUAUUAUGUAUACUACAAACAGGAAGGAUCGCAAAGAGAACGAGUAGUGAACACGCUCCACAAGCAACUAGAAGUCGUGGUACGCGGUCUUCAACCUGGCGUGACUUAUCAAUUCCGGGCUGUAGCCCACAAUUCCCGAGGGGCUGGAGCCUCCAGCGAGACUCUUCGAGUCACGACCCACUCCGAGGCUGAUGUACCAGGGCCCCCGCAAAAUCUUGAAGGCCACGCAACCAGCAGCGUCAGUAUCGCUCUGUCCUGGGAAGAGCCGCUCAUCGUAAACGGCAGAAUCUCAAAAUACAUAGUCGCGUUCAUGAAGAGCGAUGAGAAUGAAAAGACACUAGAAACCACGAGCACGAAUUUCGAGUUGAUCGAAUUGGUGCCUUACACCGAUUACAGUAUAUGGCUGCAGGCUGUUAACGAAAAUGGCCCAGGUGCGCCCAGCGGUGAAAUUACAGUGAGAACAUUCAGCGCACCUCCUUCCCAUCCACCUCACAAUGUCACUCUCGAAACUGCCAGCUCAACGAGUAUAAUUAUCCGUUGGGAACCACCGUUGGAAGGACAGAAUGGUAUAAUAACAGGCUACAAAAUUCGGUAUCGACGUCAGGAUCGACGUUUUCACACAAACACCAUAACGACAGAAGGCAAUCAACGAGAGUACACUCUUAGUGGUCUCGAAAAACAUGGCGAUUAUCACGUGAGAAUGUGCGCUCUCAAUGUAAACGGUACAUCACCUUGGACCGAUUGGAUGAGCAUCGAGACUUACGAAAAUGAUCUCGACGAGUCCAUAGUGCCGCACGCUCCAGUCAUAAUACGAACGAAAGCAAAUGCCGACUCGAUUUCCGUCUCGUGGAAUCCUCCCAAAGAAGACAAAAUCAAAAUUCGAGGCUAUAAAAUCGGUUGGGGCAAAGGCUUUCCGGACGUUUUCACAGAAACGGUCGAUGGAAAGCAACGCUUUUUUACGAUCAAUAAUCUUGAACCGCAGGCGGAAUACGUCAUAUCUCUGAGCGCGACGAAUGACCAGGGUCAAGGUUCUCCCGCAUAUGCGAACGUUCGCACUAUUGAAAAAUCUGCACCAGAAUCUGUCACACCGCUUACACCCCCGAUAGGUAUCAAAGCGAUCGUACUCUCAGCCAACACCGUCGUUUUGUACUGGAUCGACAUGACAUUCCCAAAAAUUCAGUUCGUGAGUGAUAGUCGUUACUACAUCGUGAGAUACGCUCCUUAUCCGAGCAUAAAUCCACGCUACAAAUAUUUCAACGCGAGUGAUUUGAACUGUAUGAUCGGAGAUUUGAGGCCGAAUACCCAAUACGAGUUUGCUGUCAAAGUGGUGAAGGGACGUCGCGAAUCUCCUUGGAGUAUGGUCGUGCUGAAUCAAACGCAGGAAGCUGCGCCUGCAUCAGCGCCACGCAACUUGACCGUUCAAAGCAACGAAGAAAGGCCAACUGCUGUCGUCUUGCGCUGGUUACCUCCAAAACAGCCCAAUGGUCAAAUCACAGGAUAUAUUAUAUCGUAUUCAACGGACAUAACGAAACGAGAUCGAGACUGGAUCGUUGAUGGAAUGGUUGGUAAUAAGACCGAGUAUGCCGUCAGAGGACUGAAGACAAGUACUACGUAUUACUUCAAAAUACAAGCCCGGAACAACAGAGGGAAUGGACCGUUUUCUUCUACUGUUACAUUCAAAACACUUCCGAGAAUGCUAAUUGUCGUAAUUUUUUGUUUCUCUUCGUUUGAAUCAUCACUAGGCAAUGGCAUGGAAUUCUAUGACGAAGUGCAUGCUCGAGAUGGACGAGGAUUGUCUGGUAUACUUAUUUACAUAAUUGUCGGAUGCACCAUCGUCCUCGCAACUGGAAUUGCCGUCGUCGUAGUCGUCGUUUGUUGCCGUCGGAGUCCUGACUCACCGGAACGAAAGAAAGGGUACAUGAAAGAGUCGAAUCAGAAGACAAACAUAAAGCCACCGGAUUUGUGGAUUCAUCACGAUCAGAUGGAGCUCAAAGCUCUGGAAAAAUCGUCGAUAAACGGGGAAGCUUCAACUAGUGGCGUCGUGAGUAAUACACUACCAAGAUCUUCGGGGAACCAGGAUUAUCCCCAAGACAACGUACCCCUUAAUUCAAGUUCUUUGGACAAAAGGACGUAUGUGCCGAGUUAUAUGGGAAACGUGGACGAUAAGUGCUCGACCCUGACUCGGCAACACAGUCGUGGUAGUCACAAUAAACCAAAGCUUAUAGCACUCCCGGUCGAUGGUGGUCAAUUGCAUCAACCGAUCGCGACUGCGACACCAGUCGUCAAUGGCAGCAUGUCACAGCCAACAAUCCACGGAUCUUGCAACGAUGUACCGUCAGCAAGAGCGAACUAUCCACGCACUGUAGCCCAGUACAGCCUCAGCAGGGCUCACAUAACCCUAGAACCAACUCCUGAAUCCAGCCCGGAUUCGUGCUCCAUGCCAAGCACUUACGAGCCACUUCAGUCUCAGAUCUCGUACGGACCAACGAGCCAAAGCUACACAUCAAACAGCCCAUAUGCACCUGGUCAUUAUGUGAGCGGAAGUCAGUCGGUGACAUCGAGUGGUCCUCUCGUCGAAGGCAUGGGAAGUGGUAAAAGACUGCAGGGCCAUCCGCUAAAAAGCUUCAGCGUUCCGGCACCUCCGCCCCAAUCCGCUCCAUCAACACCCGCGCAACAAAAACACGGCGGCACUCAAGUGACGGUCCGGCCAACAAUUUCUGGAAGCCCAUACAAAAAGGUGCCAGGAACGACGAGCCAGUUGACGAAAAAUCGUCUCGCAUCCGUAUCGAAUCCUUCUCAUACAGCUGAAGAAAUUGAACGAUUAAAGCCAUCCUACAGUACCGAGGAAUUGAAUCAGGAAAUGGCGAAUUUGGAGGGUCUAAUGAAAGACUUGAAUGCAAUAACGGCCUCUGAGUUUGAGUGUUAAAAGUUUCUCAAAAUAGAUAUUAACAAAGCUGAUUGAGCUUGUGCCAUCGUUUGACAUUGAAUUAACGAAAUUCGAAGACGUGGCCAAUGAAAAAUAAGAGAACAUCAGGAAUAGUGAAUGUAUGGCUAGAAAUGCUGAAGGUAAGAAGAGGCUACGACGUCAUGAAGGAAAAAAAAGGAAUUUAAGUAUUUGCUCGCUGCGCGAAAAAAUACUGUCGUCGCGCCGAAGAAGCAGGAACGAAAAAACCAGAAGAAUCGACCCACCGCUUGAGUCGGACUAAAUCCGUAAACUUGCCAAUAUUAGAUAGUAAUUAAAGUGAACAAAAGUGAGGAAUAAAGAGGAAAAAAGACAAAGGACAAGAGCGUCGCGCAACACGCUUCCGCUCUCAGACAGCUUAUUAGAAAAAAAAAGCACGCGACCCUUGGACGUAACAAAAACAAUACAUUCAAAGAGGCAAAACUAGAAACGCGAUGCAAGAAGCAAAAGUGGAAAUAAAUCGUACGUAGCUAAGCUACAACGACUGCCAUAGAUAAUAAGUGAGAGUUGAAUGAAAAUUCUCAAUCUCGAUGCCGAACAAAAAUAAAAAAAAAAAAAAACAACAAGAAAAUAGAAGAUAGCUCGAGACAAGCGCGAAGAGAAAAAAAAACACUUUCCUAUUUUUUUAUCCGAACCUCUAUCGAACGAAUGUUUCAAACCACGCAUUAUCUCCGCGACGAUGAAGAAGGAAAAUGAAAAAGAAAAAAAAACAGAAGAGCAAGAACAAUCGAAAAGAAAACAAUGAAGAAUAAAAAAAUUACGUGCGGUUUUCGUACCUCCGAACGGGAAUUUACACAUUUUUAAAUCUAAAAAUACUCAAAUUAAUCGCAAAAGACUUAUACGAAAAAGUAACGAAAAACGAUGAACCAUCGUUUUUCUUUUUCCACUCUCAUUUUUAAAUCCACGUCUUCUUUUAGCUAAAAACAUAAAAGUUAUUGAAUAUCAAUGAUAAUAUUAAAUUUGUAUGACUACACAAAUCCGAGAAUAUUCUAAUAAGGAAUUGAAAGUUUUUCUACCGAAUUUUUUGCUACUACGUCCUCAAGGGAAAAAAGAAAGAAAAGAAAUUUUUCAAACGCAAUUUAGAGUCAAAAUGAAAUGGAACGAAGAGGGAUAUUCAUGAUAAAUACAUUUUUUAAAAACGCUUAGACGCCAUGGCAGCUUUGAUCGGAGACAAAACUAACAUUUAAAGGAAAGCAUCGACUCAAAAAAAAAAUACAAAAUAAAACAUAAAAGAACAAAUCAACAAUGUGAUUCGUUUUUAAUACAAAUUUUUCUAUGGAACGCUUAUUUGUGAGAAAAUUUCUGGUACUUGCCCAGAAAUUAACGCAAGAAUGAACGAGGAGCGAAAGAUUUUUUGGUACAAAUGACAAGUGUGCGAAAAUUCGAAUGAUUUUACAAAAAAAAAUAACAAAAACAUCGUACUUCUGUCUAUUUAUAAAUAUUAUAUAAAAGUCAAAACUUUAGUAUUACGAUCUCAUUGGAAAUGAUUAUUUCUUAAGAUUAUUCGCGAUAAAUUCGUAAUUGUUUAUAUUAUUUUUUGUAAUUGUGUAUAAGAAAACUGAAAGAAAUCAAUGUACAUUUACUACCAAUAGGCUGCUUCAAAGAAAACGAAGAAAAAAAGCAACGUCGCGGAUCGACGUUCGUGUUCCUUUCGAAUUCAUUCCUUGAAUGCAUUUCUUUUUUUACGUAUAUAAAAAUCUACCUACGUCUUUGUCUUUAUGUGAAAUAUUCUUCAAAGUAUUAUUUGAUAAAAACAUUUGUAUGGGUGUUGAGAACAAGACGCGCAAAUUUUUCUCUCUGUACACAGAUUUUUAAUGAUGCAUCGUGCUUAUAAUCGUCAUUCCAUGUUUAAAUUUUUCCGAACGAUGUAGAUGGUGAUGAGAGCGUUCGAACGAUUCGCGAGAAUUGAAUUAAUGACACAUGGAACACUGCCAACUUUUUAUUUUUUUUUUCUCUGUUCAAUAUAUUUAUAUUUCUAUCUAAAAAAAAACGUAUUUGAUCGUGACAUAUAUUGCCUUUUUCACGUGAUGCGUUAAAUAAAUGAAAAGCUGCCACCUGUACCGGCCUAUACAUUGCGUCAGAAGGCCUACCGAAGAUUUUUUUUCGGUACAUCAAAAGAGUAAAAAAUUCAUUUAGCCUAACUACGUACUGAAUUAUUAUACAUUAAUAUACACAAUAUUUAUAACAACAUUAUUAUUAUUAUUGUCAUUAUCAUCAUAAAUGAUUGAAUUUAUUUAUUAACUGUAACAACAAAAGCGAAAAAUAUUCUCGCGUUUACAAAUUUCAAAGGAAAAUAUAAAGGAACAAAGACGGGCUUGAACGAGCCAAUUUUUCUACCUAGUUUGUCAAUUUUACAUACCAAGAAGAAAUUGUUCGUCUAUAAUUUCCAUCGAAUAUUCCAUCUAAUUGACAAAUUAACGCAACAAAUCGGACUGAAUUACAAAAAAUAAUAACCCAUAAUCCAAUAAGACAAAAUCGAAAAAUUAAGUAAAUCGUGCCCCAUUGUACCAUUAAUGAUUCAUGUGUAAAUAUUUAUUGAACGAAUGGCCACUAUACACACAAAUAGAAAUAAUUAUAUUAUUUAUAUCAUUCGUACACUAUUACGAAAAUUUUAUUAUUAUUACUAUUAUUGUUAUUAAUAAUGUAGCUCAUUUUAAUUAUGAUGAUAUUUGUACGAUAAAAAUAAUAACGAUAUAACGCGGCCAUCCUCACUCCCAACGACGGAAAAAAAUAAAAAAACAUUCAUAACAAGUGUGUGAUAAUAUUUGUAAAACUUUUAUUACACGUAUGAUAUUUUUUAAAAAAUGCUAUAUUAUUAUUGUACUCUGUGUAUAUAUACAUAUACACGAAGAAAAAAAACACUUUGUAAUUAGUAGUGUGUAUAUGUAUAUAGCUAAUAAACGAUCUUAUGUUCUA